AGUGAGCAAAUACCAUUGGGUAGUGGGAGUUCGGCACACCUCUGGUGUGUUAGUAUUCUGUUUAUUUUAAGAAAUCAACAUCGUUUCCUAUAAAUGGUUAUUUCGCUGGUCCAUUGAAAGUGUGUUCGUGUGUGUGUACUCGUUUUGCACCUUUUAUCAUCAAAACGACAACAAUUGAUAUUAUCACUCAUCACAAAGUAUACCUAAAAUUAUAAGGGGCCAAUUUAAAAAUGCCUGUAUUUCACACGAAAACAAUUGAAAGCAUUUUGGAACCUGUCGCACAACAAGUUUCUAGGUUAGUUAUUUUACAUGAAGAUGCUGAAGAUGGAAGUGCAAUGCCAGAUCUGGAAAAGCCGGUUCAAGCUGUUAGUCGUGCUGUAAUGAAUUUGAUUAAAGUGGGUAAAGAAACAAUUAAUUGUAGUGAUGAUCCUAUCCUUAAACAAGAUUUACCUUCUGCUCUUUACCGAGUUGAAGGAGCUUCACGAUUACUUGAAGAAGCUUCUGCUAUGUUAAAACAAGAUCCAUAUAGUGGACCUGCACGAAGAAAACUUAUAGAAGGUUCUAGAGGAAUUUUGCAAGGGACUUCUUCUUUGCUACUUUGUUUUGAUGAAUCUGAAGUAAGAAAAAUAAUAAGAGAAUGUAAAAAAGUGCUGGAUUAUUUGGCAGUUGCAGAAGUUAUUGAAAGUAUGGAAGAUUUAGUGCAAUUUCUUAAAGACUUGAGUCCAAGUUUAAGCAGAGUGUCUAGGGAAGUUGGUGCUCGAGAAAAAGAAUUAACUCAUCAAGUUCAUAGAGACAUUCUUGUUCGUUGUCUAGAUCAAGUCAAGACAUUAGCACCUAUUCUAAUAUGUAGCAUGAAAAUUUAUAUUCAUAUUUUAUCUGAAGGUGGAAAAGGUGCAGCUGAAGCUGCAGAAAAUAGGGACUAUCUCACUAGUAGAAUGACUGGAGAAAUACUUGAAAUUAUAAGAGUGCUUCAGUUGACAACUUACGAUGAAGAUGAAUGGGAAGCUGAUAAUAUAACAGUUAUGCGUAAAGCAUUGAAUAUAAUUGAGGGUAAAGUAAACAGUGCUCAUGAUUGGCUUCAGGAACCUUUAUCAAUGCCUGGGGGUCUAGGUGAAAAAGCAAUUCGUCAAUUACUUGAUCAAGCUCAUUUAAUAUCUGAACGUUGUCCACCGAAAAUUCGAGAUCCAAUACAAAAACUUUGUUCAGAGAUAAACACUAUGACAAAUGCUCUUUGUGAGUUGCGACAAGAUGGUAAAGGAGCUACAGCUCAAGCUGAAAGUUUGGCGCGUAGUAUUGAUGAAAGAAUUGGUGAACUGGUUAAAUUGGUGACAAAAGCAGUUAAUGAUACUGAAAAAAGUGGAGUUGCUGCUAAAGGACAGCAAGUUGCUCAUACUUUAGGUGGACAAUUAGAUCAAGCAAGACAAUGGUUGUUAAACCCUGGAAGAAAUGAUAAUGGUUUAGGACAAAAAGCAAUAGCUUUGAUUGUAGAAGAAGCACAUAAGGUGGCUGAUGGACUUCCUGGUGUUCAAAGAGCUGAAAUAUUAAAUCUUUGUGAUGAAGUAGAAGCUCUAAGUCGUCAAUUAAAUGAUUUAUGCAGGCGUGGUGAAGGUAACUCACCUCAAGCACAAAAAAUAGCCAGAAAGUUAUCACAAAAAUUAGAUGAGCUUAAAAAAAAAAUUCAAGACGCUGUAGUUGGACGUGUUGUUGAAGAUUUUGUUGAUAUUAAUACUCCAUUGAAACAAUUUACGGAUGCUGUUCAUGUUCCCAAGGGAACUCCUGGUAGAGAAGCUAAUUUUGCUGAUCGUGCCAAUAGAUUAUCUGAUUGGUCAAAAAGAGCUGGCCGUACAGGUAGACUUGUUGCUGCUACUGGUAGUGGGGGUAAAAAAUUGUCUGAAGCUCUUAUUCAAGCUGCUUUACAACUGGAAUCUCUUGGGCCACAAUUGAUAAAUGCUGGGCAAAUAAGAUCACAGUAUUCUGAUAAUAAGGUGGCAGGAGAACAUUUUGAUAAUUUGUGUUCUCAAUAUGCAGAUACUGCUACUCACAUGCGAAAUCUUUGUGAUGAAGCUACUGACACAGCAACUUUUAUUAGAUUAUCAGAGGAUCAAAUGCGUAAACAUGCUAAGUUAUGUGAGGAUGCCAUUAUUAGACAUGAUCCAAACAAAAUGGUUGAACAUACUACAGCUAUUGCACGUUUGGGUAAUAGAGUAUAUCAAGUAGCUAAGCAAGAAGCGGAUAAUUCUGAAGAUCCUGUUUUCCAUGCUACAUUAAAUAGAGCUGCUGAUAUUUUACAAGCUGCUGUUGCUAGAAUGGUUCAAGAUGCUAAGCCAGUUGCACUUGAUACAAAUGAUUCACAAGCUGUAAAACGCUGGAGGGAUUCUAAUAAUGCCUUGCUAGAUGCAGUUCGAGGUGUGCGUAAUGCUGUAACAGUAGUACCUGAUUUACAUGAUUUGUCUAUUGAACCUGAAAUAGCUCCUCCUCGUCCACCUUUACCUGGUGAACAGGCUGCUCCUCCUAGACCACCUUUACCAACCGAAACUGAUGAUGAAGAUGAAAUGUUCAAACAUGCACCUCUACCUAAUCAUCCUAUAAUGGCAGCUGCACAUGGACUACAUCAAGAAGUUCGCCAGUGGUCAAGUAAAGAUAAUAAAAUUAUUGCUGCUGCCAAAAAAAUGGCAGUGCUAAUGGGCCGUCUUUCUCAAUUGGUUCGUGGACAAGGAGGAACUAAAAGAGACCUUAUUGCUUGUGCAAAAGCUAUUGCUGAAGCUUCAGAAGAAGUAACAAGAUUAGCUAAAGAGUUAGCUAGAGAGUGUACUGAUAAAAGAAUGAGAACUAAUUUAUUACAAGUAUGUGAACGCAUACCAACUAUUGGAACUCAGUUAAAAAUAUUAUCAACAGUUAAAGCAACUAUGUUAGGUGCCCAUGGUUCUGAAGAAGACCAAGAAGCUACUGAUAUGUUAGUAGGAAAUGCACAAAAUUUAAUGCAGUCUGUUAAAGAAACUGUUCGUGCUGCUGAGGCUGCAUCAAUUAAAAUUCGAACUGAUACCGGCAUACGAUUGUGUUGGGUUAGACAACAACCAUGGUACCAUUACUAAUGUUUUUAUAAUUGUUACCAUGAUCAUAAAUAAGGUGUUCAAUACUUAAUUUAAAUUUAAUUAUACCUAUUAAUAUUUAUGUAGUUAUGAUAUAUAUAGAUCACUUAAAGCACUAUUUAAAAAAUUAGGUGUUUUAUAAAUGGUUCUUUGUUGGUAAAAUAUUAUAGCGACAAAGUAGUGACUAAGAUAUUUUUGCAUUAUAAUUAGUUAAACAGGUGUUAAUGUCUUAAUUGCUGAAUCAUUCCAACAGGUUAUUAUGUGCCUUUUAUUCAUAAUAUUUAG